UAUUCAACUAUAUAUAUAAUUCAUUCAAAAUUGUUGCAAAUUGAUAGAAUAGCUAAAUAAGUACAUUAGGUUAGCUAGAUGUAUGUUCCUUACGUAUACCCUGAAAACUGAAUAUUGUAUAUACUAUAGGCCAAAUCGAAAGUAUGGUGUAUUUAAAUCGAAAGUAAAACUUAAAUGUUAAAUAUUGAAAAUCGUAUCGCAUUGUUUAAAUAUAUAUUUUCAAAGUUUACAUGUGACUGUGGCAAGCGUUAAAAUUUAUUCUGAACUCUGAAACAGGUAAUAUACAACACAUGAUUAGGUCAGAUUUGUAAUAUUUAUAAAGGCAGAGUAAUAACACGUGAGAAAGCAGGUUAUAUUUGUUAUGUCCUUUGCGGUCAUAUUUGUUCAGCUUUUUAUGUUUAACAGCAAUAUUGAAUAUUCAAGAAUUACUUCAUUACAAAAAUAUUGCAAAAUAGUAGGAAAGUUUGUUGUUACUUGAAAAGUAGUAUAGUGGUAAAAUCAAGCUUGUGCAUAAGUAUUUUGCACCAUAGAUAUAGAUCACCUUACUCAAAAUACGUAGCACUUAAGUAACCUCGGGCGUAGAAGGACUAUCAAUCCCGAAACAAAAACUACAACACCAAUUAUCAUGCUUUUGACGUAAGCUACUUAAAAUAAACAGUUUAAACCAAUAUACUUUAUAAAAAUAAAUAACAAUAUCGAGCAUGAAGAAUAUGCUAUGUGAAUCAAUUUGACAGGUGUUCCUAACAUAUUCGCACAGAUUUUUGUACAUAGAUAUGGCCAGCGCACUUCCAGUAUCUGUACAAGCCACCAAGGACAGGCUCCAAGUGGCCGCAAUAGACUUCGGCACCACAUACUCCGGCUACGCAUUCUCGUUUCGCGACGAGUUCCUGAAAAAUCCUCUAAAAAUCUUCACCAACCAAUGGAAGUCUCAGGGAGGCUCGACCAAUCUACUGUCAAUGAAAACCCCGUCUUGUGUCCUAUUCUCCCCCGAAGGAAACUUUCACAGCUUUGGAUAUAACGCUGAGGAGAAGUAUAUGAAACUAGCAAUGGACGAUCAACAUACCCGCUGGUUCUACUUCAAGCAUUUCAAAAUGCUGCUGUAUGAAAAUAAGAACCUCACACGCACGACCAAGCUUACGGACGACAAGGGUCUCAAGAUGCCUGCACACAAGGUGUUCUCUGCCUGCAUCCGCUACCUGAAGGACCAUCUGCUGGAAAUGCACGCUACAACGGGAGAGGGUCUGAAGUUAGGUGAGAUGCACUGGGUGCUCACUGUGCCCGCGAUAUGGGACGACUCCGCCAAGCAGUUUAUGAGAGAGGCCGCUGUCGAGGCGGGCAUUGAGUCAGAGUAUCUCUCGCUAGCUCUAGAGCCGGAAGCGGCCGCCCUGUAUUGCCGAUAUCUGCCCAUGGAGAUGGUGGUCAGCUCGGCCGGAAAGGCGUCCAUUGAAUCAUUUGCGCCCGGGAAACGUUACCUCGUGCUGGACGCCGGAGGUGGCACUAUCGACAUCACCGUGCACGAGACGCUGCCAGACGGCACGGUGAAGGAAGUGUACAAGGCAAACGGAGGCCCUUGGGGUGGCACCACCGUCGACAAGGCCUUUGUCAGCUUCCUGGAGGAGGUCACCGGACCGGAAGUGAUGAAAAUAUUCAAAACGACAUACAAGGGAGCCUUCUUAGAUUUAAUGCGAGAGUUCGAGGUGAAGAAGAAGACCAUGUCACCGAAUGAAGAUGCGGAAGCGAAGACGGUGUUUCGCAUGCCGAUCGCUAUUCACGAGACGUACCGAACUGUGCACGGAACAGACUUUCGAAUGAGUAUGCUACUACAACAGGAUAUAAAGGACAACGUUACCUUCACUGGAGACAAGAUGAGAGUGAGGCCGGCACAAAUCCAAGCUCUGUUUCAGAAUACCAUUGAUCACAUUGUAAACCAUCUGACUGACAUAUUCAAAAGACCAGAGGUUCAAGGAGCAAACAGGAUUCUAAUGGUCGGCGGAUUCUCAGAAUCAAAAAUGCUGCAGAAUGCUUUGAAGAGGAGUUUCCCGUCCAAACAAAUGGUCAGCCCAGAAGAGGCAAGUCUUGCAGUGUUGAAAGGGGCGGUGCUAUUCGGCCACAACCCGACUGCAAUUGUGGCCAGAAUGUCAAGAUUUACAUAUGGUACCGAUAUUUGGCCAAUAUUCGAUCCAACUAUUCAUAUGAUUUCAAAGUUAAAGAUAGUUGAUGGGGAACAACGAUGUGCAGAUUACUUUGAUAAGCACAUUGAGGUUGACACGGAAGUGUGUGCCGGAAUGACUUUUGAAGAACAUACAUACUUUCCACUCUAUACGCAACAAAAAUGUCCGUGAAAAUCUUUACGAGCCCUCAAAAGAACCCACUCUACAUAGACGAGGAAGGUUGCUCUUUACUUGGUAAAAUUGUUGUGGAUCUUCCUGAUACACAGACGACUAAGGAGAAGGAAGUCGUCGUAAAAUUAUUCUACGGUAACACUGAGCUCGGUGUUGAGGCAAGAGUUGUUAAGACAGGAAGGGUGUUAAGUGCUCGCUUCGACUUUUUAGGAUGAAUCACUUGCAAUAGUAUUGACUGUCUAGUUUUGUGGUAGUCAUAACGCUGGGUGUGUUUUGUUUCUUUCAUAUAGUCAAUGACAAUAUGUGAUAUUUUAAAUAUGUUAAAAUUAUCUAGAAUAGUUUUUACACGCAAUUUAUACAGCUUUUGCUGUUUUGAUUGACUAUUUAUUUUAAACUGUUUCAUCUCUUAAGUGUAAUGUACAUGUUAUUGUAUGAUAAUGUUUUACCCAUUUAUUUUUGCUUUAAUCAUGGCGGUUGUGCUCAAUUAAAUAUUUGGAAACAUUGC